AUGUCGUCCAACUCGACAAAUCUCCUUUUACCUCCCGGUGGAGACCAGCCAGACGACAGCAGAGGUCCAGCAAUAAUCGCAGCUGUCACAAUCACUACCAUUUCCGCUUUGGCUACUGUUAUUUUGAGAUUAUGGGUGCGAAUUAAGAUCGUUCGGAGUGUUGGACCAGAAGAUUACGUGAUGAUUGGGGCUGUGCUUCUAUCGGUCACAGGAUGGCUUAUCGUCAUACCGCAAGUAAUGCAUGGUGCUGGUCGACAUGUUGCUUACCUCGAUCCCGAAGUUGUUAAGAUUGGAUUAAAGCUCAACUUUGUCACUCAACCAAUUUAUCUCAUUGCUACGACGGCUUCUAAAGUCUCUAUUGCACUGUUUCUUUUAAGGAUCGCGUCCACAAAGAUCUGGAAAAGAUUUCUCUGGGCUCUUUUGGGAUUCAUGAUUCUAUAUACAUCCGCCGCCGUUAUGCCACUAUUCUUUCAAUGUAAGAACUUGGCGGUUCUGUGGGAUUCAUCGGUAGUUACUACGUGUUGGAGCGCACAGACUAGCCGGGGACUGGGAUAUAUGAAUGUUGUCUUGACCAUCAUCACGGACUUGACGCUCGCCCUUAUACCUAUUCCUAUGCUUUGGAAUGUACAGAUCAACUCGAAGGUUAAGAUCUCAAUCAUCGGGAUUAUGAGCUUGGGACUCUUUGCAUCCGCCGCUGCAAUCGUGAGAGCCACAGCACUCAGUAACUACGGCAAAACGGGCGACUUCCUUCGGGAUUCCACAGAUCUAACCAUCUGGGGAGCGACCGAAGUGAAUGUUGGUAUCAUUGCCGCAUGCCUCCCUUGUCUGAAGCCAGUCUUCAAAAAGAUACUCGAGAGCUCAUCUUGGUACACUUCCAAUAAUCGCAGCACUGGAUAUGGGGCAAAGCAAAAUAGCUCGCACAAGAUGAAGAUCAUACGCCAAGGAUAUCGGGAAUCUACGAACCAGCACAGUGUCAUCAGUAUUGGCACCCGACGCAACAGGAUGCAACCCGGGGAUCUGGAAAAUAAUGUUAGUGAAGAGACAAUACUGCCAAUACAGAUGUCGGAGGAUCCGAGCAAAAUCACGAGAACGACUGUGGUCACGAUUGCUCGAACAAGUACAGCGUAUUCCGACAAAGAUAAUGGACUGGGAACUGGGAAAACGGCGUGGCCGGGAGGGCCGAGCCGCCAGGUGGAAGAUCGUUUUUAA